CAGUUACACAGGAGGGUAGUAGUGGGUAUACAUAGAGAGCAUUUAACCUCAGGUCCUCAGCCUCAUCACUCACUCUAAUCUAACGAUGAAUCUGAAUACCAAGCUUUCUCACUCAUAAGUUCCCACUCCCUCUCUUAUCAUUUAUCAAACAAAUUUUUCAUCUUUCCCCACUUGUUGGAUUAAUGGCUGCCUCAGCUUUGUCACUAACAUCCCCAUUCCAUUUCAGAAAACCCCACAACAGGGUUUCACCUCUCAAUGCUCAUCCUCUCAUUCUCAUCCAAAAGGGUAAACAAUCUCUUAAAUCAAACUUCUCAUUCUCAACCCUGAAUGCUUCCCCCCACUUCAGACCCCCUAUUGCCAUUGCUCCUUCCACACUGACCCUAACAAGAGCUUCUUCCUCUGAUGAAUGCUUUGACCCUGCUGGUGAAGCCCAAAGGUUGCUGCUUUCUGAGGAAAAACCAGUUAAUUUUGCUUUCUGGGUCAUAUUUUGGGCCUCUUUGUCCCUGGCUUGGUUUGCUGUUUCAAGGGAUGCUAAUGCUGCUGUUGAAUCCUCCAUCAAAGCCUCUGGCUUUGGCUUCAACAUUGCCAAUUCGUUGAGGAAAUUGGGUUGGCCUGAUUGGGUUGUGGUGUUCACCCUUGCCACUCUUCCUGUGCUUGAGCUUCGUGGGGCUAUACCUGUUGGUUACUGGAUGCAACUUAACCCUGUAACUUUAACAGUGUUAUCUAUUCUGGGGAACAUGGUCCCUGUGCCAUUCAUCGUGCUCUACCUUAAAAAAAUUGCGUCUUUCGUUGCUGCGAGGAGCCCUUCUGCGUCUCGAUUCCUUGACAUGCUGUUCGAGAAUGCCAAAGAGAAGGCUGGUCCAGUGGAGGAGUUUCAGUGGCUUGGUCUGAUGCUCUUUGUGGCUGUUCCUUUUCCUGGAACAGGAGCAUGGACCGGAGCCUUUAUAGCAUCCAUUCUUGAUAUGCCAUUUUGGGCUGCUGUGUCUGCUAAUUUCUUUGGUGUUGUAUUUGCUGGGUUGCUAGUAAAUUUGUUAGUGAACCUUGGUCUGAAGUAUGCCAUCAUUACUGGUGUCAUCCUUUUCUUUGUUUCCACAUUCAUGUGGAGUGUCCUUAGAAAUCUUAAAAAAGGUUUGAGCUCGUCAAAUUGACGUGAAAUGUCUGAUUUUCCUUUACCAACAUGAUGACAAUUGUUAGUUUUGUUGUUCAUUCUCUUGGUUUUCAUUUUCUUAUAUUUUCAUAAUUGAGCAUCCUAGUUCAGUGAUAUGUAAAAAUGAAAAGGCUUAUGUCUUGUAUAUACCCUUUUUCUGAUGUUUUAAAAAUCAUGGGCUGACUGAUAUUCCUUGUUGGA